AGGAAGGAGGGAGGAUGAGGAGGAGGGGCCGAUGUUUGCUGCUGAAAGCCUGUCUGAGUGUCUGGAUGCUCUCUGGAAUGUAACACCAAAACUGGGUGAGAAGCUCAUCGGUCCACUGACAGAAGGAGAUUCACAUUAAAAUGGACCACAGUCUGUCAGAUUAUUGCCUCAGGUUGACUUGUCUAAUUGAAGAAGAAUAAUAGGAUACUGCUAAAAAGAAGGAGAAAAUGCUAACUCUGCCUUUUGAUGAGCCACCCUCCAACCAGACCGGCAGUCCCUUCCGGACCGGCUGGGCCGCCAACCAAUUAGUCAGAUCAGUUAAGCCAGAGCCUGGCAGAGCCCCGGAGGACACGUUUGAGUCCAGGAGAGAGAACGGAGAGAGGGAUGACAGAGAUGAGGAGGAGGAGGAGGAGGAAGAGGAAAAGGAACAAGGCGGUGGUCAGAGAAGAAGGGGUUCAUAUACGAAGAAAGCGAGUCAGGCCCGGCUGGAGCGUGUCCGGCUGCGGCGCAUCGAGGCCAAUGCGCGGGAAAGGAACCGUAUGCACAGUCUGAACAACGCGCUGGACCGCCUGAGGAAAGUGGUUCCCUGCCACUCCAGGACGCAGAAGCUGUCCAAAAUAGAGACGCUGCGCCUGGCCAGGAACUACAUCUGGGCCCUCAGCGAGAUCCUAAACACCGGGAAGAGACCGGACCUGCUCACGUUCGUCCAGACUCUGUGCAAGGGCCUCUCCCAGCCCACCACUAGCCUGGUGGCCAGCUGUCUGCAGCUCAACCCCCGCAGCUUCAUCUCGGAGCCAGGCGGGGAGUCCUUCCCCCUCUACCCAGCCUACCACCACCACCACGGGGUCGAGGCAGUGGGCUGCAGCUCGGCGGACAGUGCCAGACCCCUGGGCUCCUUCUGCGGGCCCUACGAGUCUCUGUAUGACAGUCCCUCUCCGGACGGCUCCAGCCCUCUGGAUGCAGGGACCCUCAACCCAGCCGUCAACUUCGACGGAAUUUUCUCCCUGAAACGGGAGGAACCGGUGGACUACCGGAGCUGUCACUAUGGCCUCCGCUACUGCUCCGUCAGCCAGGGCUCCUCCGCAGACCUGGGCCCAUAUGACGUCCGCCUGCGGGGACAGUUCUACCAGGCGCAGGAGGAACUGAACAAGCCUUUCACUUAUUAAGGAACUAUGUAUAUAGAGAUGUUGAUUAAAUUGGAAACCCCAAUAUCAUCCCGCUGAUAUUUUGGGGGGCCACAUGGUAGGGCUGCAUAAUAUAUCGUUGUUUUUUUAUCAUCAUCGUGAUAUCAACCGGCAGAAUAAACACAUCGUGAAAGGCUGCGACACAUUGCCAAAGACACUCAGAGAUUUUUUUGUUAGUUGCGAGAAAAUUUUAUCAGAAAUCUGCACUUUAAAAUGUAACUUUCGUUUUUUUUUUUUUUGUGCUGCCUUCCAUAAUUAAUUCAACGUUCAAUUUGUUCAAUAAAAGAAAGUCGGAAAUUAUUUCCUUUCAUUUGAUUUAAUCCAACAAGCAGUUUGUUGUAUUUUAUCAGAAUACUGAAAGACGAACUGAGAAAACUUUAACAUCUGUUUACUGUAUGUAUCGCAAGUAAUAGCGUUAUCGCGAUGUCCAGCAACGUUAUCGCAUAUCACAUAUUUUCCUCAUAUCGUGCAGCCCUACCGCUUGGCUGCAGCCAUCUGAUGAAUGAUAGUUUAUUGAUAAAUUCAUCUAAACUGAAGGCUAAUUGUCUGGGGAGCAGCGCCUUUCGACGAGGAAUGCUGUGGCCUUGGAAGGAAAACGCGUACACACACGCACACGCACACACACACACACACACACACAUACACACACGCACUCACACACACACACAUACACACACGCACAUGCA